AGACGUCAGACCCUGCUGACAUAGCCAUAUGCAACCCAACGGCCUCCCUGCCGAAGCGUCGCAUGCACCCCCCUCCCGUCCUGCGUCGUCUGCGAUCGCCGGCGGCGGCCUUUUGUUUGACCUCACCACUUGGGCCGGCCUGCCUGCCUGGCUGCCAUGUCCUUAUAGCCUGUGCGCCUGCCGUCGCUGGUGCGGUUUGCGCCCCAUGCAUUCCCCCUGUCCCCUCGCCUACCGUCUGUCGAUCUCCCAUAACACUCGGGAUAUAACCAACGCGCUCGAGCAUCGCAACGCCCCUAUAGCCGCCUACCUUCACUCCCACCACCGAGCCCGCGACCACUCAUCCCGCCCACCCCGCCUACCGUGAAUGUGACUCCUACCGCCGACAUGGCAGCGACACUGGACGGCCAGCACACGCCCGCCAAACCCGUUGCGAUCCGCUCUGCUGGCAUGAAGCUGGACCCGCCCCAUAUACACAACAUCAAGACGCUCAGCGCCAGCGUCGACAUCAUGUCGCCCGUCAACCAGAACGGCUGCUUCGAGUUCGACCGCAUCAUCAAGGCCGGCACCGUCGUCAAGCGCACGAGGAAGACAAAGCAAUGGAAGCCCGUCUACAUCGUCCUGCGCCCCAACUGCCUCUCCAUCUACAAGGACAAGCACGAGACCAAGCUGCGCCACCAGAUCAACCUCUCCGAGAUCACGGCAGUUGCGCGCCAGAGGGACUCGAAGAAGAAGAUGGAGCACGUCUUUGGCAUCUUUUCGCCCGCCCGCAACUACCACCUCGGCGCAUCCACAGACAAAGACGCUCAGGACUGGGUGCACCUCAUACGUACCGAGGCGCGCAUUGGCGAGCACGAGGCUGAGAUGACCGUCAUGAGUCCCACAGCCACAAAGAAGACGUUUGCAGGCUUUGGCCGCGCAACCAGAGAAAACAUUGUUUCCAGUUCCUCCGAGACAGAGCCGAGACCCUCGAGCUCCAUCGCCCCGGAGAACAUGCACAGCGCCCGCCGUCCCUCACAAGCCCUCAACUACUCCGGCGGCGAGCGCGGCUCCAUCUCCGACUUUGACUUCUCCGACACCAACCAAGCCUCCGCCAACUCUCCGCCCCCGAGAACACCACAGCAGCAACAACCCAACGCGAGCCAGCAGAGCAACAUCGGCGCCACACCCGACGACGAGCGCGUCGUCUACCACGGCUGGCUCUAUGUCCUCAAAUCCAAAGGCGGCGUGCGCCAGUGGAAGAAGAUCUGGGUGGUGCUGCGACCAAAGUGCCUUGCUUUUUACAAAAACGACGAUGAAUACUCCGCGACCCACAUCAUCCCCUUCACCAACAUAAUCGAUGCCGUCGACAUAGACCCACUCUCGCGAAGCAAGCAAUACUGCAUGCAGGUCAUAUGCGAGGACAAGAAUUACAAAUUCUGCGCUUCAGACGAAGAUGCCCUAGCCAAGUGGCUCGGCGCGUUCAAGAGCUUGCUGGUCAAGAAGAAGGAAGUGCCUCAGACACGCAUACAGCAGGCAGCUCCUAGCACCAUCAACAUCCAACCAGCAACCCCAAGCCUCGUGUCUUCACCCAUACUGCCAGCGCAGCAGCCUCUCUCCAUCAGAUGACCCUCGCUUGCCAUCCCCGACACUCCUUCCAAACACCAAUUGUACAUACGCUGGCCCUCGUAUCCUCUUCGAAA